CCUGUUUCGUGCCCCGCACAUCCGGUCGGCCCGACGACACGCCGCUGUUGAGUCUCUGAGCGGAUGAUGAUGGAGCGGUGAAGUUCACGGUAAGAUGUGUGUGUGCUGUUUGGAGAUUUGGGAUAGACUGAUUGAGGACAGCAGCUAACCCACGUAUGGCCUGCGAGUCGGCGUUACCUGCCAUCAUGGACGAGCAGGCCCUCAUGGGACUGAACCCCAACGCCGAUGCCUGCUACAGGCAGAGGGCGCUGGCAUAUUUUGAGCAGUUGAAAGAGUCUCUGGAUGGAUGGGAGGUGUGUGCUGAAGCCCUGGCCAAAGGGUUUUACAGUGACGAUCAUGUAAAGUUCUUCUGCUUUCAAGUCUUGGAGCACCAGAUUAAAUUCAGACACGGGUCGCUCACUGCAGCUCAACAGCAGCUGAUCCGAGAGACCCUGAUGAAAUGGUUGCAGGCUCAGUUGAUGAAUGUGCAUCCAGAAAAGCCCUUCAUCAGGAAUAAGGUGGCGCAGGUUUUGGCCCUGACGUUUGUGAUGGAGUUUCUGACAUUAUGGCCCAAGUUCUUCUUUGACAUCCUCAAUCUGGUGGGACUGAAUUCGAAUGGUGUGGACAUUUACCUGCGCACACUGAUGGCUAUCGAUGCUGAGGUGGUUGAUCGGGACAUCCUGCACAGUCCUGAGGAGACACGCAGAAACAUUCUGAUCAAAGACGCCAUGCGUGAGCAGUGCAUCCCGGCGCUGGUGGAGUCCUGGUUUCAGAUCCUUCAGACGUACCAGCACACCCACAGCGAGCUGACCUGCCAGUGUCUGGAGGUAGUGGGCGCGUACGUGUCCUGGAUCGACCUCAACCUCAUCGCCAACGACAGGUUUGUGAAUCUGUUGCUCAGCCACAUGUCCAUUGAGGAGCUGCGUGAGGAGGCGUGCGAUUGUCUGUUUGAGAUCGUCAAUAAGGGCAUGGAACCGGUUGACAAAACCAAGCUGGUGGAGACUCUGUGUCAGGUGCUGCAGUCCGCAGGGUUCUUCAGUAUCGAGCAGGAGGAGGAUGUGGAUUUUCUGGCUAAGUUCUCUCGGUUGGUUAACGGGAUGGGUCAGUCUCUGGUGCUGAGCUGGACUAAACUCAGUAAGAUGGCCGAUGUGAAGGUUUCGGCGGAAACGUUGCGUGCUGUGGAGGGGAAGGUUCCUCUGAUGCUACAGCUGCUAAUUCAUGAAGAUGACGAUAUUUCAGCCAACAUCGUGGGCUUCUGUUAUGACUACCUGCUUGUUCUCAAACAGCUUCCAGCUCUCAGUGAGCAGCAGAAAACAAACGUGGAGGCGAUCAUGCUGGCUGUGAUGAACAAACUCAAGUACGAUGACGAGUAUAACUUUGAGAAUGAGGGCGAGGAUGAGGCCAUGUUUGUUGAGUACAGAAAACAGUUAAAGAUGUUGCUGGACCGACUGGCUCAAGUCUCUCCUGAGCUUCUGCUGGAAGCUGUGCACAGAGUCUUCAACGCCACCAUGCAGCACAAACUGGUCUCCUGUGGCGUGAGCGAGUAUCAGCAUUCCUCUGUGACUCUGGAGUUCUUCGAGACCGUCGUCCGUUAUGAUAAGUUUUUCCUGGUCGAGCCGCAGCACAUUCCCAGUGUCUUGAUGGCGUUUUUAGAUCAUCGUGGCCUGAGGCACAGCAGUCCAAAGGUGCGCAGUCGAGUGGCUUACCUGUUCUCACGCUUCAUCAAAACCCUGCAUAAAUACAUGAAUGCAUUCAUCGAGGACAUACUCCGCAGAAUACAGGACCUGUUAGAGCUCGCUCCCCCGGAGAAUGGGUUUCCGGCUCUGCUGAGCAGUGAUGAUCAGCUGUUCGUGUUUGAGGCGGCCGGUGUGCUGAUCGUGAACGGAGAGAGUCCAGCCGAGCGAAAGCAGGCUCUGAUGCGCAACCUCCUGGCGCCGCUGAUGGAGGCGUUUCACAUGCUGCUCGCAAAGCUGCCGCAGGAGGCCGAUGAAGAGAGACAGGCAGUGCUGGCCGAUUGUCUGAGUCACGCUGUGGGAUUCGCCAGUCGCACCAGUAAGGCGUUUAGUAACAAGCAGACGGUGAAGCAGUGCGGCUGCUCUGAAGUGUAUCUGGACUGCCUGCAGACCUUCCUUCCGGCACUCAGCUGUCCCGUCCAGAGAGGGCCUCUGCGCAGCGCCGUGCGCUCCUUCCUCCACCGCAUGAUCAUCUGUCUGGAGGAAGAGGUGCUGCCCUUCAUUCCAGCUGCGUCGCAGCACAUGCUGAAGGACUGCGAGCCCAGAGACCUGCAGGAGUUCAUCCCACUCAUCAGUCAGAUCACUGCCAAGUUUAAGAACCAGGUGUCUCCUUUCCUCCAGGAGAUCUUCAUGCCUCUAGUGAUGGCCAUAUUCGAGGUGUUGUCUCGUCCAGCAGAGGAGAACGACCAGACGGCUGCGUUAGAGAAGCAGAUGUUGAGAAGAAGCUACUUCAGUUUCGUUCAGACCAUCGCCAGCAGCGGCAUGAACGAGGUCAUGGCCAGUCAGGGAGCUGAAAAUAUCGAGCGUGUGCUGUUCACCAUCAUCCAGGGAGCCGUGGAUUUCCCAGACCCUGUCGCCCAGAAAACCUGCUUCAUUAUCCUGUCCAGACUGGUGGAACUCUGGGGUGGUAAAGACGGUUUGGUGGGAUUUCCAGAUUUCAUCUAUAAGCAUAUCGUCCCAGCAUGCUUCAUGGCCCCUCUUAAGCCAACCUUUGACCUUUCAGAUGCCCAGACUGUUUUGACACUGUCCGAGUGCACGCUGACUCUGCACAUGAUUCAUCUCAAAAGAGGGCUGGAGUGUAUUCGGUUUCUUCAGGAGUAUCUGCCUUCUCUGCAGGUCUCGCCUGAAAUCACGCAGGAGCUGUGUCAAGUGCUUCAGCAGCCGGAUGUUAAGGUUCUGAAAAACUACAUGAAGGUUUUCUUCCAGCAGGCCAAACUUUAAAACUGGAACUGUCAAGCGGAGCGUUUUGGGAGCUCAGCAGUCAACGCCACUUACAGACCACCAUAACGACAGAACUUAGCGUAGAAGCUACUUUUGCACUUAAAGAAGCAUAACACACCCUUCCUGUCUGCGGGGACACGGACCCCCAACAGGAGUCACGUGGGGAUUGGCGGUCACGUGACGUGACCACACCCCCACACCGACCUUGGCCCAAUCAGAGUUGUGCUCUCCAUGGAGGUUUAGCCGCCUGGGCUGGAGGCGACGUCUGCGAUUGGACGAGACGCCAUACUGUAGGUGGGGUUUGUGAGGGUGGGCGGGGCUUCAGUCCUGGACACAAUUUCAAGGGAAAAUGCAUUUCCACUUGAAAUACAACAGUUUUGGUUAUUGUUUGGAAGUAUGACUUAAGUGUUACAGAAAAUUCUGGAAUGAAUUUAAUGAAAUGUUUUUGGGGUUUUUUGUGCGGAAGCUUAAGAAGGGCCGGAUUAAGAAGAUUUAAUUGCUACUUUUUCUUUUUUUUUAACAUGCAUAGGUUUUAGUUUGACGUGAUGGGGUUAAUAAAUGGAAGUGCUCUUGAUGUUGGGCUUUUUGGAUCUAAAAUGUCUUUUUUUUUUUUUUAAAUCAGCAAUCCCUUCAAGUUUUCCAUAUAAUACGGCAUUCCCAUCAAAGCUGUUCUGUAACUCAUAUAGUUUCCGAACACUAAACAUUUGUCCGCUCCAUCACAGUCUCAGAUUCGCUGUCGUUUAAUGCCUUUAAAGCCCACUUGAAAUAUGCAAUGUUACGAACUGUGAAAAUACUACGAGGUGGUUUGAUCCUUGGAUCUGCAGUGGGAAUGUUUUGGUUAAGUUACGCUGCUAGCAAUUCUUGUUUGGAAAUGUACUUUGUGUAAAAAAAAAAAAGAAAAUCUCUGAUUUGUAGAAAUGACCUGUUACGGCUGACAAAAUGACAAUCUGUGUUGGAUUUUUAGAGACGCUGCACGUGUCUUAACCCUUUCAGCUCUGGAUUCCACGUCAGACAGAAACGCUCGGCAAAGGUUUGGACCUAAACGUUUCUUGGGUCUCAACAUCACGUUGGCUUUAAUGGUUAAAAAUCAUGAUAGGGAAAAAAAAAGUUUGUAACUUUGAAUAUGAGAUUGACUGUUAAAGAUUGUUUCUUUGUCAUUACCCAUAAGCCUUUGCUUCAGACUUCCUGUGAUUUGCCUAACAGACCUGUUACUCAAAUGCUCCAGUCCUGCUCGUCAGACCCACUGUGUUAAUGCCAAAAAAAAGAGGAGAGGGACACGAAAGGUAGACUGUGCAAACUUGUUUUAUUUUUGAUAUGCUGGGAAAGGCCCUCUCACACUCUCUUUUGUCAUGACCAAUAAAGUAUUUACUAAUCUCCGCCAGAUUUCCAGCUGGAGGUUUAUUGAAGCGGCUGCAUUCACGUAAUCAUUCAAACAGAUUCAGGAGAACGAGGUGCUGAUGCAACGGUUUUAUUCCACAUUAGUAGCUCUGUGUAAACAUGUUCACCCUUAAACCCGAAAUGAAACAAAUAAUGCUGGAGCCACUUCACCUUCACAAGUGCUAAAUAUUUGAGCUGCAGAGUCUUGCGUGCAGCAUCGUGAUGUUUCAGCCUUUAAUCACAGCGAUGGGUCUGAGCUUGAUGGCCUUCUUACUGAUGCCGGCGUCGUGGCACGUGUUCACUACAUCCGUGACGUUCUUGUAGGAUUCAGGAGCCUGAUGUGCAAGAUACAAUGCACGUU